AUGCAGGCCUUGCUCCCACGUCUCCGCGCGGGCGGCGGCCGUGUACUGCACCUGGGCACCUCUGUUGCCUUCCAACCGCAGAAGGGCACUGCGACGUAUGGCAUUACCAAAGCGGCCUUUCAUCGUUUGUACCAGCAGCUCAACGCCGAAGACUUGGCCGUGCCCGUGGGAUCACUAAGCCCAGGUCUAGUCGACACGGAAGGGGUUCAGGACCAUGUGGCCAAGGCAAGGCGAUUAGAGCUCCCGCACGUGAAGUACUUUGAUCAAGCCUUUGAGAAGGGUUGGACGACGGACAUGAAGCAGCUGAUGGCUUUUGUGGAUUACUUGCUGCAGCUGCCUGCGGAGGAGUUCACGGCUCGCGAGUGGCGCUUCAGCGAGUGGCGCAAGCAGGUGGAAGCAAUUUCCUUCCGCGCACCGAGUGGAGAGACAGGAGAAACAGGAGAAACAGGAGCCGCACGUGGAGUGUGGGGAGGUGCGAGGGGAGAUGCCAGGAGCCAUGCUGGAGCCCCAAACGAUUCCCAUUGGAUGGCAGAAUAG